AUGUCUAACCUUCCCCCCGUCUACAUCGUCUCUGCGGCUCGUACGCCCGUUGGCUCGUUCCUCGGCUCUUUGUCGAGCUUGACCGCCGUUCAGCUGGGUUCUACCGCCAUCAAGGGCGCCGUCGAGCGAGCUGGUAUCAAGCCUGAGGCUGUCGACGAGGUCUUCUUUGGCAAUGUCCUCUCUGCUGGUCUCGGUCAGGGUCCUGCUCGCCAGUGUGCCAUUGGCGCCGGCCUCCCCCAGACCGUCAUUGCCACGACCGUGAACAAGGUCUGCGCCUCCUCUCUCAAGGCCAUCAUCCUUGGUGCUCAGAACAUUAUGCUGGGUACCUCCGAUAUCGUCGUCGCUGGCGGAACCGAGUCCAUGUCCAACACCCCUCACUACCUUCCCAACCUCCGAACCGGCGCCAAGUACGGCGACCAGACCCUCGUCGAUGGCGUCCUCAAGGACGGUCUGACCGACUCGUACAAGAAGGAGCACAUGGGUCUCGCUGGCGAGCUCUGUGCCCAGGACUACGAGCUCACCCGUGAGGCUCAGGACGAGUACGCCAUCAACUCGUACAAGAAGGCUCAGGCUGCCACUGAGGCUGGUCUCUUCACCGAGAUUGUUCCCGUCGAGGUCAGCGGUGGCCGUGGCAAGCCCCCCGUCAAGAUCGAGCGUGAUGACGAGGUCAAGAACCUGAACGUCGACAAGCUCAAGGUCAUGCGCCCUGCCUUUAAGCCCGACGGAACCGUCACUGCCCCCAACGCCGCCCCCAUCAACGAUGGUGCCGCUGCCGUUGUCCUUGUCUCCGAGGCCAAGCUCAAGGAGCUCGGUCUCAAGCCCAUUGCCAAGAUCCUUGGUUGGGGUGAUGCCGAGCGCGAGCCCGAGCGCUUCACCGUUGCUCCCUCGCUGGCCAUCCCCAAGGCCAUCAAGCACGCUGGCCUGACCCCCGAGCAGAUCGAGUUCUACGAGAUCAACGAGGCCUUCUCCGUUGUUGCUCUCGCCAACAUCAAGAUCCUCGGACUCAACCCCGACAAGGUCAACGUCUAUGGUGGCUCCGUCGCCAUCGGCCACCCUCUUGGCUGCUCUGGUGCCCGUAUCGUCACCACCCUCACCUCCGUCCUGAAGGAGAAGAAGGCCAAGAUUGGCUGCGUCGGUAUCUGCAACGGUGGUGGCGGUGCCUCUGCUCUCGUUAUUGAGAACCUGCAAUAG